GCCGCGCUCCGGGGCCUCCCGGCGGGCUCCGCAGCGGCAGCUGGGGCCGGGCCUGGGCCCGGGGCGCGCCCCCCUGCGCCUCGGCCUCGGCCUCCGCCUCUGCGGCCUCCGCGGCCUCCGCCUCAACAGCAGUGGUAGCCGCGGCGGCCAUUCAUUGUGGGCCAGGCCGCCCCAGCCGAGCGCCGAGGAAGCGCACGGCGCAGCCGGCAGGGAGGAAACGGCCUCGGCCCCGCCCCUUAGGCAAGCUUAGCUGCGCUCCGAGCGCUUUAGUUCGCGCCGGCUUCUUCCUCCAGGGUCUCUGUUCUCUAGACUGUCUACUUUAGUUGCGUGGCUGUGGGGCAGGUUGUUGUUCCCGGUGCAGUUUUAAGCUCUCUAUGGGAAAUGAGGUUUCGUGGACCUGAGGAAACUCGCUCAAGAUCGCACAGAGGGAAGUGACGGUGAAUGCCAGGAUUUUUAAGCGUAGGCUCAAAAGGUCAAUAAAGCUAAGAUUUAAGGUGCUUACGCGAUGGCAAGUUCUGUUAGCAUUUUACACUAACUCGGAUAAUUAUGUUUCAUAACGUUGAAGCGGUCUGGCUACUUUUCAGAGGGGGAAGCAGAGUCAAGUGCAAAUGGUUGGGACUGGAGAGAAUACUCGGCGUAUACUGACUGCCCUUGCAGUAUAGGAUUCAGUUCCCAGCACCACGCCAGGUGGCUCACAGUUGUUUACAGUGCUAUGCUCCAUCACCUCUUUGCCCUUCGGGGAUUUGCACACAAGCGCACAUACCUACCUACAUACACAGACAUUAAGAACAAGAUAAAUCUAAAACAAAGCAAGUACUGCCGGGCCUGGUAGUUAAUGUCUGUAAUCUCAGCAUCUGGGAGACUGAAGCAGGAAAAUCUGACGAGUUCUAAGCCGCCCUGGGCUAGGUAGUGAGUUUCAGAACAACCUGGGCUAAGAACCUUUUACACCCCAGUGAGAGAGAGACAGAGAGAGAACUUUCGAGGCGAGCUGGACAGCUCACAUCACGAUGGCCACACUCCCUGCCUUCAUACUUAGACCAAAACUCAGAGGGCUUACUGUCUUAAGUGGCUCCUUUGCACACUUCCCGGGCAUUAGGUUGUUUAUCUUGGAAGCUAAGAUUCUUAUUUACAGGUAGGAAAUGAGUUACAUUUUAAGUAACUUGUUCAAAAGCGUAUGUGAUGGGACUGAGAUUCAAAGCCAGUGAAUCCUAUUCUAGAGCCUGAGUUAACCUGUAAAAUGCACACAGGGGCAUCUAAAGAUGCCAAGUUUCUCCGGCUUUUGCCCUGAACUAAACUGCAAUGAAACGCCUUUAUAGAAGAAUUGCACUAUUAAAAAUGACCCAUGUAGCAAACUCCGCGCACUUCCCUUCCGGGAAGAAUGUUGAUCCUGGUCGCUCACCGUGAGUCGUGUCGUUAAUUGGUCAGCUGUUUUCAUGUGAUCGGCCCGCCCUCUUUGCCAACAUGGCCGCUCCCAGGUCCUAGUGCGCGAGGCGUGCACCACGACUUGUGUCCUGUGAGCAGAGGAGGGUUGAGGCGCCCGUGGAUGUCCCACGCGAGGACGGUCCUGUGGCUAGGCCGCCCUCUCCGUCCGGCCCGCAUCCUCUGUAGAGCUCAGUUCAUGGAACACAAGGCACAGGGGCCGCCCUCUCCACCAGCGAUGGAGAACGGCACACGGCCCCGCGAAGAGCGCCCACCCGCGGCCUCGGAGGCGACUAUCGCCGAGGGCGCCGCCAAGAUCGUCUUCCCCAACGCCAACGAGGUUUUCUAUAACCCGGUGCAGGAGUUCAACCGGGACCUGACAUGUGCUGUGAUCACUGAGUUUGCUCGAAUUCAUCUUGGGGCCAAGGGAAUCCAGAUCAAGGUACCAGGAGAGAAGGACAUGCAAAAAGUGUGUGUGAACUUGUCUGAGCAAGAAGAGGAAAAGGCUGAACAGAAAAAGGAUGAAAACCUGACCUCAGGAGACCAGCCUCGGACAGUUGCAGUUGGUGAGAUCUGUGAGGGAGGUCUACGGGUGCUGGAAGGCCUGGCAGCCUCUGGUCUCCGUUCCAUCCGAUUCGCUCUAGAGGUUCCUGGCCUCCAGUCUGUGGUCGCCAAUGAUGCCUCUGCCCGGGCCGUAGAGCUUAUAGACCGAAACGUGCACCUCAAUGGUGUGGCACAUCUUGUACAGCCCAACCAGGCAGAUGCCCGGAUGCUGAUGUACCAACACCAAAAGGCAUCUGAGCGUUUUGAUGUCAUUGACCUGGACCCUUAUGGCAGCCCUGCCCCCUUCCUGGAUGCAGCAGUGCAGGCUGUGAGUGAUGGAGGACUUCUGUGUGUCACCUGCACGGACAUGGCAGUAUUGGCAGGGAAUAGCGGAGAGACGUGCUACAGCAAGUAUGGGGCCAUGGCCCUCAAGAGCCGGGCCUGCCAUGAAAUGGCCCUGAGAAUUGUGCUGCAUAGCCUGGACCUGCACGCCAACUGCUACCAGCGCUUCGUGGUGCCGCUGCUCAGCAUCAGUGCUGACUUCUAUGUCCGGGUUUUUGUGCGCGUUUUCACAGGCCAGGCCAAGGUUAAGUCCUCAGCCAGCAAGCAGGCCCUGGUGUACCAGUGUGUGGGGUGUGGCGCCUUCUACCUGCAACGCCUUGGCAAAGCGUCGGGAGACCCUGCUGGCAGGGUCAAGUUCUCUGCUGCCUGUGGUCCUCCAGUGACCCCUGAGUGUGAACACUGUGGACAGCGACACCAGCUUGGAGGCCCCAUGUGGGCAGACCCCAUCCAUGACCUGAACUUUGUGGGCCGAGUUCUUGAGGCAGUGACCACUAAUCCUGGCCGCUUCCACACCUCCAAGCGCAUCCAAGGUGUCCUGAGUGUUGUUACUGAGGAACUUCCUGAUGUCCCUCUCUACUACACACUGGACCAACUGAGCAGCACCAUCCACUGCAACACACCCCGCCUCCUGCAGCUCCGGUCAGCUCUCCUCCAUGCUGGCUUCCGAGUCUCUCUCUCCCAUGCUUGUAAGAAUGCGGUGAAGACAGACGCUCCCCCGCUAGCUCUCUGGGACAUCAUGCGUUGCUGGGAGAAGGAGUGUCCGGUGAAACGGGAGCGGCUGUCGGAAACCAGCCCGGCGUUCCGAAUUCUGGCCGUGGAGCCCAGGUAUGGACAGACAUGCAGGAGGGACGAGCCACCUCACAGGCAUAGCAGGCCAGACAGACGCUGUCGGAGGGAAAUCCAGAACCACUGUCCCCUUCUGUCCUCACCCAGUACCCUUCCCACUCUUCUGCCUGGCUCCCCUUCAGCCAUAUGGACCCUUCCAUGGCUGGCUCUUCCUCAUAGCAGCCUGAACUCAGCACACAGUCUGGCCCGUCCCUUCUCUCUCACUUCAGAGAACGCUUCUGGACUGGACCACCCUGCCAAGCAUUGCAUCCUGACUUAGAUCUUUUACCAAAGUAGCUAUUGAGUGGCAUGUCCUGACACAGUACAACAUUAUUUUUUAUUGCUCUGUGGUGCUGGGGAUGGAACCCAGAGCCUUGUGCAUGCUGGGCAAGCCCUCUGCUGGGCCAUCCCCCUAGCCUUGGUUACUUCUGGUGUGUCUUGUUGCUUGUCUGUCUCUGGUGCUGCAAAUCCAGCUCCAUUGAGACAGAUCCAGGGCACUUUGUCAGAAAUUCACUAGGAAAUCCAGGUGUUACUCAGCAAAUGGAGGAACUCUGAGCCUGGUAGACCUAUGUGGUGCUGCCUCGGGGUGGGCGGCUUCUAGGGCUGUCUGUGUUCACCCUGCACGGCUGCUGCCUCCAGCCCCCACCCAUUUGUCCAGGCUGAAGGCCAACUUCAACAUCCGGGAAGAUGCCAACCCCAGCUCCCGCCAGCAAGGACUCACGCGCU